AUGGCGCCUCUCCCCUCGACCCUCCCGCGCACCUACUCGCGCAUCACGCUGCGCGAGCGCCCCAAGGCGGCCAUCAACCCGUCGCUCGAUGGCAAGACGGGCACGUUCACGCUCGAGACUGGCGUCCCCAUGUUCGGCGACGACGAGCUCAAGCCGGGCGAGGUCAUCGUCCAGGUCGACUGGAUCUCGGUCGACCCGGCCAUGCGCGGCUGGCUCAACCCGACGCGCAGCUACGUGCCGCCGGUCGCGAUUGGCGCGACCAUGCGUGCGGCGGGCGUCGGGCGCGUCGUGCGCCUGGCCGAGGGCGACAAGGGCGAGCUCGCCGUCGGCGACUGGGUCGUCGGCACGCUCAACUGGACGCAGUACGCCAAGGUCCCGGUCAAGGAGGUCCAGAAGAUCCAGGUCGACUCGACGAUCUCGCCGACGCUGUACCUCGGCGCUCUCGGCAUGACGGGCCAGACGGCCUACUGGGGCCUUCACGACGUCGCCCAGAUCCAGCCCGGCGACACGGUCGUCGUGACCGGCGCCGCCGGCGCCGUCGGCUCGAUCGCUUGCCAGCUCGCCAAGCUCCACGGCUGCCGCGUCGUCGCCAUCGCCGGCGGCGAGGCCAAGUGCAAGUGGCUCAAGGACGAGCUCCUGCCCGAGGACCAGCACGUCGUGCUCGACUACAAGAGCGCCGACUUCAAGAAGAACUUCCGCGACGUCGGCUACGUCGACAAGGUGUUCGAGAACGUCGGUGGCGAGAUCCUGGACCUGAUCCUGACGAGGUUGAACAAGUACGCGAGGAUCGCCCUCUGCGGCGCCAUCGCAGACUAUCAAUCCGCGCAGCCCAAGGGCCUGCAGAUGUACCUCACGCUCAUCUCGCAAAGUGCCACCAUUCAAGGGUUUAUCGUGUUCAACUACAGCCAAAAAUAUCACGUCGCAGCCGAGGAGAUGGCCAAGCACAUCCGGUCGGGCGCGCUCAAGGUCCGCGAGACGCGCACCGAGGGCAUCGACCAGUGCGUCAACGCGCUCGUCGGCCUCUUCUCGGGCGCCAACACGGGCAAGUCGCUCGUCAAGAUUGGCGACGAGGGCGCGCCCAAGCUCUGA